AAAUAAAUGCCAUCCACCGGUCUGUUCUCUUCACAUGUACCACUACUCUUGCCCAAUACAUCAGCCUGACCAGUUCAACUAUCAUCAUUUCCGCAAUACCUAAUCAUGCUCUAUGCUCUCGGAUUUAUAGUCUUCCUUGUUAUAGUACUCGUCGUUUGGCUCGUCAGACUAGCUGUACUCCGUGCCAAUCGCAAGCGUAAUGCUGCUGCAGGCCGCGUCGACCCUGAGGUCCAGUUCCGAGAAGUCGCUGAACAAGUUUUCUCGGGUCGAUGUCAGUCAUCACCACAUAACGGGUAUUCCCCGUAUUGUAGGAGGAACGAUCGUGGGGCGGUAAUCAGGCAAGCGAAUGGGAGUGAGGCGAGUCUGCCGGCAUAUGGGGCUGAAUCCCUUCCGGUCCCUCCAGAAGCGGCCUAUCAGCCAUCCCAAACUAGAAUAAGACCUGACCAAACAGCAUUAAAUUCCGUCGACAUACCCGAAGUUCCACCUCCAAAGUAUACCGCAGAACCUGAACCUGUAUCUGCUACGAGGACUUGAAUAUUCAUCUUUCAUUCGGCAUAUAUAUGAUACAGUCAUUUUAAUGCGGACUGAGUCAAUAAACAUGCCAUGGAUGGUCGAGAGCCUGGCCCAGCUACAUAUUUAGCUUGACGUUGGGUCAACCUUGGUUGGCUUAGACUGGUUUUCCUGUUGUUCAUUUUGUAACUGUGUAUUAUUAGUACAUGAGAAUUUAGAUAUAAUUUUGUUUUAAUAGCAUGAAUAAAACCUUUCGUCG